UAAUACAAAACAAAUAUUUUUUUCUUAAAAAAAUGUCUAAUCGCAUCAAAGAAUAGUUAAAAUAAAUUCAGGAUUAAUGGUGGGCGAUUAAGUAACCAUCAUCGUCAACAUUCAACGGCGAUGAGAACACUGCGCAUCGCCUUCUUCAACCCCAACAAAUUUCCUCACGCCUUCACGGGCCACCGAAGCAUUUCCAGUUAACCAGUCAACCCAUUUGCACAUAAUUCUCUCUCUCUCUCUCCCUCGACGAAGAAAUGUCAAAAAGCUCUGCAGCUAUAGAAAAGAUAUCCCCGAAUUUAGUUGCCAAGCCAAGUUAGCGGCAAUUCCGCCAAGCUUUUGCGACGAAUCCUUUCUUGCUUUUGGGUUCUUCGCGCUAACUGACCAAGAAGAACCCAGUUCUUGUUUAGGGGAUCCGGAGCUUCUUUCGGCUCCAGACAUGUCUGUGGAGUCGAGCUCUGCUUUAGCUGAUACCAAGGGAGUUCCUACUCAUGGUGGACGCUACGUUCAGUAUAAUGUCUACGGUAACCUCUUCGAACUUUCAAGAAAGUACGUCCCACCGAUGCGGCCUGUGGGUCGAGGUGCUUAUGGCAUCGUUUGUGCUGCUGUAAAUUCAGAGACACGUGAAGAGGUUGCCAUUAAGAAGGUUGGCAAUGCAUUUGACAACCGUAUAGAUGCCAAAAGGACCUUACGAGAAAUCAAACUUCUUCGUCACAUGAAUCAUGAAAAUGUUAUUUCCAUAAAAGACAUUAUACGGCCUCCACAGAGAGAGAACUUUAAUGAUGUAUACAUUGUUUAUGAAUUGAUGGACACUGAUCUUCAUCAGAUAAUACGCUCCAAUCAACCAUUAAUGGAUGAUCAUUGUCGGUAUUUCCUGUAUCAGUUGUUGCGAGGACUUAAAUAUGUUCAUUCAGCAAAUGUUUUGCAUCGUGACCUAAAACCUAGCAAUUUAUUUCUGAAUGCAAAUUGUGACCUUAAGAUAGGAGACUUUGGCUUGGCAAGGACGACGUCUGAAACUGAUUUCAUGACUGAAUAUGUCGUCACUCGUUGGUAUCGAGCACCAGAAUUGCUUCUUAAUUGUUCGGAGUACACUGCAGCAAUUGAUAUUUGGUCAGUAGGAUGCAUACUUGGUGAAAUUAUGACAAGGCAACCCCUGUUCCCUGGAAAAGAUUAUGUUCAUCAGCUGAGGCUUAUUACAGAGCUCAUAGGUUCACCUGAUGACUCCAGUCUUGGAUUCCUUCGAAGUGAUAAUGCUCGAAGAUAUGUUAAACAGCUUCCACAAUUCCCUAAGCAGCAAUUCUCUGCAAGAUUUCCUAACUCAUCAUCUGGUGUUGUUGAUUUGCUAGAGAAAAUGCUUGUAUUUGAUCCAACCAGGCGCAUUACAGUUGAUGAGGCACUCUGCCACCCAUACUUGGCACCUCUUCAUGAUAUCAAUGAGGAGCCUGUUUGCCCAAGGCCUUUCUGUUUUGAUUUUGAGCAACCGUCAUUUACCGAAGAGAAUAUCAAGGAGCUCAUCUGGAGGGAAUCUGUAGAAUUCAAUCCUGACCUAAUUCAGUGAGAAAUGUGUAAUAACCUGUUGUAUACAAUUAGAGACGAACUCCAGUGUUUACCAAAAAUACAUUAUAAUGUCCAUCAUGAUUGUUUAGAAAUAGAGGUUAGGGGAGAGGGGAGGAUGAUGGAAACAUGGAGAUUGCUUAAAAACCAUCGUUAUAGCUGGUUCAACAUUUAUAUAGAUCCUCGACUUGCAGGAUGACAUAGUUGAAGCAGCAAGAUUCUCUAGAUUUCCUCGGCAGAAUCUCCAUAUUAGCUCAAGUCCUCAUCUGCUUGGGAUCUUGCUUUCGGUUGUAGGCAUAGGAUCUGGUGCUCGGCACACCGAGUCCAGGAAUAUGUUUCUGUGCCAUCUUUACUAGGAGUAGGAGUAGGAGUACAUGGGAGAUCUGUACACCCUUUGAUCUAAAAUUCUGCUCCGAUUUUUCUCAUGUUUAAAGUAGAAAUACGUAGAACUAUUCAGAUUGGCUCAUCUAAACUCAUCCUUUUCUUCUUCAUGUGAUCUUGAAUAUGUAAUGAGAAAUGCUGUUGAAUGACUUGCCACC